AUGCAGCAGCAAGUAUCCGUGUUCGGUGUAUUGCUGUUGUUCCCUCUCCUACCCAUGACAGCAGCAGCAGCAGCAGCAGCAGCAGCAGCAGCAGCAGCAGCAGCAGCAGCGCUGCCGCUUACGCGGGGGCUGCUGCAGUGUCUCACCUUAGACCCUUGGGAGUUGCUGCAGCAGGGUAAGCAGCUGCUGCUGCUGCUGCGGCAGCGGCCUAUGCUGCUGCAGCAGCAGCAGCUGUUGCUGUCCGGCUGGGCUAGGAUGUGGGAGCAGGCGCUUGCUGCUGCCGCUGCUGCUGCUGCAGCACGGGCAAGGAAGUCCCUGAGCGAUCGCCUUGCAGCAGAAGUGCAGCAGCAGCAGCAGCAGCAACAGCAACAGUUGCUGCUGCUGCAGCAGCAGCAACAACUGGGCUCAGACGAUUGCCUUCAGCAGCUAGUUGCUGCUGCUGCUGCAGGCCCUGUUGCUCGUGUUGCUGCUGAUGCUGCUGUGUCUGCGGAAGCAUUCAAGACAGGAGCAGCAGCAGCAGCAGCGCUGCUGCACAGCUGCAGCAGCAGCCUGUGGCAGCUGCCGCCUGCAGAGUGGCUGCUGGACCUACGAGCGAGGCUUCAGCAGCAGCAGCAGCAGCAGCAGCAGCAGCAGCAGCAGCAGCAGCAGCAGCAGCAGCGCAUGCAACAGCAAGCUCUUGCUGCUGCUGCACUUGCAGGUUGCUUCCCCUCCGCAGACACAGAUGCCCUCUAUGAGCUGGCCCGAUCGUCGCAGCAGCAGCAGCAGCAGCAGCAGCAACAGCAGCAGCAGCAGCAGCAAGACAUGAUGUGGUUUAUUCGGCGAGUCUACAACAAGGCAUCGGGACUCUCGCAGCUGGUUCAGCUGGCUGCUGCUGCUGCAUCUCCUGCUCCUGCUGCUGCUGCUGCUGCUGCUCCUUCACCACUGCCUCCUGUGCUAGCUGCUGCUGCAGCAACUCUGCAGCAGCAGCAGCAGCAGCAGCAGCAGCAGCAGCAAGAACAGCAGCGCAGAGAGCAGCAACGCGCGGGGCUUGUGGAGGGCGUAGGGUGUAUAUCGAGCCCGCAGCAGCAUCUGCAUGAACAGCAGCAACAGCAACAGCAGCAGCAGCAGCAACAGGAGCAGCAAGAGCAGCAGCAGCUGCUGCUGCUGCGUAGGCGGCGGCAGCUGCCCCCUGCUGCUGAGGACCCCAGGAGGGUGAGGAGACGGCUGUGCUGCGAGGCAACGAAGCUAGCAGCAGAAUGCAUGCGAGCAGCAGCAGAAGAGACACGGUGCAUGCGUUUGCUGCUGCAGCAGCUGCAGGUGUAG